AUGGCGGCCGCGUUUGAAAGAUGUCUGCAGGAGUUCAAAGCUUUAUAACGUUAAUGCGAACAAAUGAAUAACUAUGACGAAGGUGAGAUGCAUUUUAAACCCAGGAGGGUUAUUAACCAAAACAUUGUAUGGAAACUGAAGCAAAGAGAAACUCAUAUUCCAAGGCCCGGCUGCCACUGGCACCGGGGACGCGGGUUCACACAAAAUUUAUUUCCGAAUUUUACCAUCGUAAACGUGGAGAAACCUCCUUGCUUUUUGAGAAAAUUUUCUCCCGAUGGACGAUACUUUGUAGCUUUUUCAUUAGAUCAGAGUUCCAUUGAAGUUUACGAGUUUCAAGGACCUAGCGCCGCAGAGGAAUUGCUUCAUGGUCUUGCCAGAGAAGACAGCGAUCCUGCCGCUGCUAGAAGACAGCUUUUUGGGAAAUUCUUCAAACAGACUGCUGUAGUGACAGUAGCUUCGAAUGGCGAACACUUGAAUAGAGAAUGCAGUUUAUUCACAGAUGACGGGCGUUACGUCAUAGUGGGAUCUGCGUCGUAUGUCCCAGAGGACCCUCAUCCUUAUUUCUUUGACAUUUACCGCAACAAUGAAUCAGUGUCACCGAAUCCGAGAUCCCCAUUAGAAGAUUACACGAUCCAUAUUGUAGAUCUUUGUAAUGGUUGUUUGAGUGAUUCAAGAUCGUUUAAGUGUGAUAAAAUCUUUCUUAGUCACAAUCAGGGUCUAUAUUUGUACCGAGACUUACUGGCCAUAUUGUCAGUGCAACAGCAAACUAUUCACAUUUUCCAGGUUACUAGAGACGGGAAAUUCAUAGAGGUCAGAUCAAUUGGUAGAUUUUGCCAGGAAGAUGAUGAACUUAUUUUGGCAGCCUCAUUGAGUACUGAGACAGAAAAUGGCCAUCCUCCAAGGCCGUAUAGAGAAACAUGCAUUAAUGGUUUAAAGCACAGACUUAUGGCACAUUUGUAUUGGUGCGCCAAAAGGGAGGGCUCGCCUGAAUCAAUGCGCAGGUUUUUCCAGCACUUUGAGCAGUUUCGCUUGUUGCGCAUGUGGAAAAUGCAGUUACUAGAUGAAACAACUGUACUUAUAAAGUAUGCAAGUGAGGAUGUUGUCACUUUGAGAGUUGCAGACCCCAAUUCUCAACCAUCAUUCUUUGUACUCUACAAUAUGGAAUCAACACAAGUGCUAGCCAUCUUUGAAAACACCUCUGAAAAGCUCUUGGAGUUAUUUGAACAGUUUUGUGAUUCUUUUCGUAAUGCAAUACUACAUUCUCCUGCUCAAUUUACAUGUUCUGCAUCAAGUAACAUAUAUGCACGUCAGAUUCAGCGACGAUUUAAACACACUAUUAUCAAUGCAAAAUAUGGUGGGCACACUGAAGCAGUCAAACGCCUUCUAGCUCAGCUGCCAAUCAGUUCUCAGUCAUACAGCAGUAGCCCAUACUUGGAUCUAUCCCUCUUUAGCUAUGAUGAUAAGUGGGUUUCGGUCAUGGAAAGGCCAAAGGCUUGUGGAGACCAUCCCAUUAGGUUUUAUUCAAGGGAUUCUGGUCUUCUAAAGUUCAAGAUUCAUGCUGGUUUCUUAGGCAGGCCCACCCCACCCACUGCACGCCGACUUGUGGCAUUUACUUUUCACCCACAUGACCCUUUUGCAAUAUCCGUCCAGAGAACCAAUGCAGAGUAUGUUGUGAAUUUUCAUAUAAGGCACUUAACAUCAGGCCCAGAGCACAUGUAAAGCUAAAACAUAUAGGUCCUGUCUUUCACAGGUAUAGUAAAUGUAGUUGAAUCUUAGGAUUACAGACAUGCUUUUGUCUUUGUUGCAACCAACAUGUCAUCCAUUUUCUCAUGGAUGAAAAUUUCAUCCAAACAGUUGGCCACAAGCAGUAUUUAGGAAAACAUUGGUAGUAAAAUGUAGUAAAAAAUGCAAAAUACAAAAUUUUUUUGUAAUUGGUUUCCCAUAGAUUUUAUU